UCUCUCCCCCAACCAACCAAACCUUAGCACCACUGUUAUGCUCACGUUAACUAUCUUCUGCUGCUCAAAAUUCGGUUUGACGUCCUGACAAAAUUCACUUUCAGCAUCUACAUCUCUCUGGAUGCCCAACGCAGUUGCCUAAUCCAUCCUCCCGCUUCCGCUCAUUCUCGACGUUACAACUCUUGAUUCAUUUGCUUCCCAUUUCAACGCUCACAAGCCCAUUAGCAGAAAGAAGAAGUGCAUGGCUGCUGCUGCGGCUGCUUCUCUUUGCCUGCGGGCCAAUGGAAACCGGGUUCGUUUCCGAAUUGAGCCUUCUGCUACCCAUUCAAAGAGGCAUCGCAUGCUCGUGGUUCGUUCUGAUUUGGACUCAAAUGUCUCUGACAUGAGUGUUAAUGCUGCAAAAGGUUUAUUUCCACCAGAACCUGAACGUUAUCGGGGCCCCAAGCUCAAAGUGGCCAUUAUUGGAGCUGGGCUUGCUGGCAUGUCAACUGCAGUUGAGCUUUUGGAUCAAGGCCAUGAGGUAGAUAUAUAUGAAUCAAGGUCUUUCAUUGGGGGAAAAGUGGGUUCUUUUGUAGACAAACAGGGUAAUCACAUAGAGAUGGGACUGCAUGUUUUCUUUGGUUGCUAUAACAAUCUUUUUCGCUUGAUGAAAAAGGUCGGCGCUGAUAAAAAUCUGCUUGUGAAGGACCAUACUCACACUUUUGUCAAUAAAGGGGGUGAAAUUGGCGAACUUGACUUUCGUUUUCCGGUUGGAGCACCUUUACAUGGAAUUCAAGCAUUUUUGACAACAAAUCAGCUUGAGCCUUUUGAUAAAGCAAGAAAUGCUGUGGCUCUCGCCCUUAGUCCAGUUGUAAGAGCUCUUGUGGAUCCAGAUGGAGCAAUGAGAGACAUCCGAGAUUUGGAUAAUAUAAGCUUCUCUGAAUGGUUCAUGUCCAAGGGGGGAACUCGCAAGAGCAUCCGGAGAAUGUGGGAUCCUGUUGCUUAUGCCCUGGGAUUCAUUGACUGUGAUAAUAUUAGUGCACGCUGUAUGCUCACUAUAUUCGCACUUUUUGCCACUAAAACUGAGGCUUCCCUACUUCGCAUGCUUAAAGGUUCUCCAGAUGUUUACUUGAGUGGUCCCAUCAGAAAGUAUAUCAUGGACAAGGGAGGCAGGUUCCAUUUAAGGUGGGGAUGCAGAGAAAUUCAUUAUGAUAGAUCUGCUGAUGGGGAUAUAUAUGUAACAGGGCUUGCCAUGUCCAAGGCUACUGAAAAGAAAACCAUAAAAGCUGAUGCCUAUGUAGCAGCAUGUGAUGUCCCUGGAAUUAAAAGAUUACUUCCUCAAGAUUGGAGGGAGUCGCAAUUCUUUGACAAUAUCUACAAGCUGGUUGGAGUACCUGUUGUCACAGUUCAGCUGCGAUAUAAUGGCUGGGUUACAGAGUUAAGGGAGUUGGAACGUGCACGGCAAUCAAGGCAAGCCAUGGGUCUGGAUAAUCUACUUUAUACCCCAGAUGCAGAUUUCUCUUGCUUUGCAGACCUUGCUCUCACAUCCCCAGAGGAUUAUUACCUGCAGGGCCAAGGCUCAUUGCUUCAAUGUGUGCUUACACCUGGGGACCCUUACAUGCCUCUACCAAAUGAUGAAAUUAUAAGGAGAGUCUCAGAGCAGGUUUUAGUUCUAUUUCCAUCAUCUCAAGGUCUAGAAGUCACAUGGUCAUCCGUCGUCAAAAUUGGACAGUCUUUAUAUCGUGAGGGACCUGGUAAAGAUCCAUUCAGACCCGACCAGAAGACACCAGUGAAGAACUUCUUCCUUGCUGGCUCAUACACAAAACAGGACUACAUAGACAGCAUGGAAGGAGCAACUCUGUCUGGUCGACAAGCGUCUGCUUACAUAUGUGAUGCAGGAGAAGAGUUGGUGGCGUUACAAAAGGCUCUCGCUGCGGUUGAACUGAAAGACGCAACUACAUCUGACGAGUUGAGCCUUGUCUGAUUUAAACAAUUCUCAAGAAAUUCAGCUCCCAAUUACCUGUAAAGUCAGCUGAAUACAGUAAGUACCAUGCAGUUGCGAACAGAGCAUCAAAAGAAUUAUUCUAAUAUCAUAUGAGUUAAGAGAGCUAAGAUGUAAAAAAUGCACAGGAGAUAAUGCUGACAUUUUGGACCCCCAAGCAUCUCUACAAGAUCUAUGAUGUGAAUUAUUUGUGUAUUUAUCCGAGCACAGGGCUUGCUUAGAGAUGCAUAAUAGGUUGAUCAAGCUGUAAUUUCGUAUCUGAUAGGUGCUCUAUGCAUUUGAUUUGUUGAAAACUGUUUACACCCUCUGCAAAUUGGUCCAAGAUUCACUUGAUUCAUUCUUUGCUGGUAA